AUAAAUGUAAAUGCAUGAGUUUGAUUUUGUAUGCAGGUCUGGUUUCCUUGCUUAGACAACUUGUAUAUAAGGAAAUUGCCAAAGAUAAAUUAUAUAGUAGGAUGGAAAGAGGGAGAAGGACAUCAUCAUAAGAUAUUUCCUGUAUUACAUCACUUGGAGUUGCGUAAUUUAAGCAAUUUAAUACAUAUGUAUGAAAUCAACCAGUCAGGAGGACUAGGAGGAGUGCUUUUAUUUCAAAACUUGACAUCCCUGGAAGUUGAUGGAUGUGGGAAAUUGAGAUAUUUGUUUUCGGAGAAUAUAGGUAGAGUCUCUGUCAAGAACCUUGAGUUGCUAAUAAUUAGUAAUUGUGGAAUGAUGGAAGUGGUGAUGAAGAAUAUUGAGGAGGAGGAAUUAAUAAUAGUGGAUGAUAAAGCUGGAGGAGGAAGUAAUAGUCAUUUCUUUCCACUCCUUAGGGCAUUGAAAUUGGAGUAUCUAUCAGGUUUGAGGAGCUUUUGUGAUGUUGCUUAUACUUGGGAGUUGCCAUCACUAGAGUAUCUACAAGUAUCAAAAUGUCCCAAGCUAGAGGCACUCUCUCCCGGCUAUUUGGAUUCUCCAAGGCUGAAUGAACUCAAGUAUAGUUAUGAUAGAGAAGAAGUAAAUGUAAAGGAUACUUGGAAAGGUGACGUUAACAAAGCAUUGCGUUAUAUCAAGAAAGAAACAGAAGAAAAGAGACUAGAGAACAUGAAUGAAGAUGCUGAUGACGACGACGACGACGACGACGACGACGACGAUUCAGAAGAUUGA